AUGAACAAUAUUGAAAUAUUACAGAAACUUUUAAUUGAAGAAAUCAUAAAUAAACAAUACAGCCAAGAAGAGUUUGAGCAGUAUGUGCAAGCCUAAGCACCAGAGAAAGAUGAUCUAUCAUCGUGGAGUUAUGAGGAUUUAAAAAUAUGUAUAGACAAUUUUCAAUCUCUCAAGAAGAAUUAAAAAUUACCUUAAAAUUAAGAAAACGAAAUCUACGGAUUCUAAAACAUUGAUGAAAAAUUAUACUCAGUAAUUGUUUCAAAUUAACAUAAAAUCUAUAUUGUAUAAAUUCCUAAACUAUUUAGGAUAAUAUCUCUUUGGAUCCCUAUGAAAAAGUUAUAAGAUGUUAAUAAGAAAAGUAUCUUAUUGAAAAUGAUGUUGAGUUAUAAUUUUAAAUUUCACAUAAGAGAUUCAGGAUUAUGGUCUUUUAUCACGUAAAAAAGUAUUGUAGUAUUCUAAAUUUAAACGUUUCCAAUGUAGUGGAAAGUCUAAAGAACUUUACAAGAAUUUGCAGAAUUGAGGAAUAUAAUUUGUCAAUACUUUCCUGAAAAAAUUAUUCCUAGAUUCCCUUAUGGAGGAUACACUAAAUUAGAGGAUAUGCUACCUAUGAUGGAGGAGAUUAUUCUUUCAAUAAAAAAUUUACUCUCCAUUUAUAACAAAAUACCAAUAAUAAGAACAAUAUAGCCUUGUUUGUGGUUUGUUAAUGAAGUCAAUGAUCAAUUGUUAUAAAAGAAACUUAAAGAUGAAUUAUAAAAAGAAAAGAGAUAUAAUUUACAACAAAAAUAGACUAAAACAGGGGAAAUUAAGGUCUCUUUAACUUUUGAUAGUUAUUAAAAAUUCUUAGAUCAAUCAUCUUAUCCAAAAAAUGCUAUCAAUCUCCUCAACUAAGUAAUAGGUAAUAUGAAUGAAUUCUUUGCUUAUCAGAAAAAAUCUUAAGAUUUUUUAGGAAAUGCUGCCUAAUGUUUAUUUGAACUCACUAAUACUUUACCAAAAUAUCCCGAUUAAAGUGGACUUAUUGAUUACAUUAAUUUGGUUAAUGAUCAUUUUAAUUAAAUAAUCUAUGAGAUAGAUGACUCUUGUGCUUUACUUGAUAAUCAUUUAAAAUUAACAUUCGCAAAGUUAUUGGGAAGUCAUAAAUCAUACAUUAGAUUAUGUUAAAAUGUUAAUGAAAUUAAAAAUAAGUUUGUGUAAGAUCAUAAUAAUUUAAAUAAGAAGAAAGAUGAUCUUAUUAAGAAUAAUGAGUUGAAAUUAAUUGUAUAAAGAAUAAUUUAAUAAAACAAAUUUGAUUAAUCUGAAUUUGAUAAAUUAUCAGCAGAUUCUGACUACUUAAAAAGCUUUCUAUAUGUUCCAGAAACUUAAUAAAAUUAACAACUUUAGGAUCAAUUAGUGUAUAUGAUACAAUAAUUUUCUAAGGCUAUGGAUGAAUAAUUUAGAGCUGACUUACUUAAAGUAAAUGCAAAUUUUGGUGGAUUUCUAUAUGCUAAGCAAAAACUAUGCCAAAAAUAUACUGAGCAAUGGAAAGAAUUAGUUAAUAAAUAUGAGUCAGUAAAAAGCAAAUAAGGUUGA